CUAUAAUUAAUUUAGAUAAGAAUUAUUAUCAUUUUAAACUUGUAAAUAAGAUAACUUUUUCUAAUCUAGCACCAUAUGUAUCUUCCAAAAGACAAAUCUUGGUCAAGCUACAUAGGACUACUAUUAUAGGUUGUAAAAUUCUUCAAAUUGCCCUUCAAUUUGUUUACCUGUCUUUCAUUUCUCAAUUUCAGGAUUCCUAGUUUGUGGAAUUAAUGAAGAGAUCCUUGUUUGGCACUUCCUUCUAAAUGUAAUAUCCGCAUAAAGGCCCAUUGUAAAGAUGAUAAACCACAAUUCAAGGGAAUCAUUCAAGUUCUUCGAGAGUAUUAUUGAUACAAAAAAUGCAGAAGAACUCGAAAGGACCAAAACAGAUAUAGAAAGCAACAUUACAAGAAUCCUGAAGUUUGUACAAAGCAAAAAAGAUGGGAACCCCAAGCGUUCUAAAAAAGAGACAGAAUUUGUGGGACUAAUUGAGGACUUGGACAAGCAGUACCGGUCGCUUAAUGCACUGUAUGAUCGUUUUGCUGGAGAGUUUGAGAAAGUUGUUUCUCACAGAAGAAAUGGGAGGACUUCAGUUUCUUCAUCUGAUUCAGACUCAGAAUACUUUUCCUCAGAGGAAGUAGAUGUUAAUAAUACGAUAAGGUCAGAAAUAGAACAUCACAAUGUAUUUGAAACCCAACAUCACAAUCAUCACAAUGUAACUAAAGCAUCAGCUGAGGCAAUGAAGCUUGAGGGACAGAUAACUUCACUAAUGAAAGAAAUGGAGAGCUUGAGCGAGCAGAAAGGGAAUCUAGAACUUCAAGUUGAAAGCCAAGCAAAUGAAGUUAAACAGCUUAGUGCAAAGAACACUGAGCUGCAGGAACAAGUUGUGGAGCUUGAAUUGUUCUUGAAAGAGGAAAAAUGUGUUGUAUCUAAUCUGCAGGCGAAGCUCGAUGAAAAUGAGAAUAAGGCAAAGUCCAAUGUUGCUAAAUUGAUGGCACAAGUCAAUGAGCUCGAACAUGAGACGAAAUCCCUGAGGACUCAGAAAGAUGAAAUGGAAGAAAGAAUAAAAUGUGGAGCAUUGAAACAAACAGACCAGUUGAUGGAGCAGCUUAACGUUAUGCAGAAUAAGUUAGAUUCUUUAGGCAACCUGAACAGAGAAUUAAAAGUUGAGAUGAAUAGAAAGAAGGAGCAAAUUACACAAUACCAGAUUCAGAUAGAAAAUCUGGAGGAGAAUGUGGCUGAAACGAAAUCAAUUGAGAAGGGUAUGGUGGAACAGAAAGAGGGUUUUCUUGCGAGGAUAAAGGACCUGGAACAUGAAUUGGAAACUCAAAGCAACCAGAGAAAUGAAUUGGAAGAAGAAUUAAGAAGUGUAAGUUAUGAGAUGAAACAGGUAGAGAAUGAAAACAAGACUCUUCAUGAUAGAAACUGUGAUCUGGAAGCAGCAAUGGCUCAUAAAGGGGAUGAUAUGUUUGGUUUUUUGAAAAAACAUGAGAGUCAUGAGAAUGAAGCUUGUGUGGAGGCUACAGCUUUAAAAGCAGAAUUGGAGCACCAAAACGAGCGAAACCAGAAGGAACAUGCAGAGAGCCUAACAAAGAUGGAGACUUUGAACGUCAAGUUAGAAACCCAGAUAGCUGAACAAGAGAAAAUAAUAAAGGAUCAGGCAGCAACAAUUGACAGAAUAAGCGCAGAGGAAAAACAAGCCAAAAUCAUGUUGAAUAGGUUGAAAUUCAAUCCACGUUUCGCAGAAAAGAAAAUGGAAGAACUGGUUGAAGAGCUCAGGAAGAAAAUGGAAGACAGUAUCCGGUUGUUGCACCAGAGGAUCCACGUAGCAGAACAGCUGAACAAUGAAAACAAAAACAGCUGCAAGAUGACGAAGGAGAGGUACGAGGAAGAGAACAAGAUUCUUGGAGAGAAAGUUGCUUGUUAUGAAGAGAAACUAAGAACACGUAAAGAAGGUGUGGUUGAAUUUGAACCAAACAGGUUUGAAUUGUCUGUUAUAAAUGGAUUAAAUGUAGCAGCUGAGAAGGUUGAGGAACACAGUGAUUUUAUCCUGAGCCGUGUCUCUAAAAUGCUGUGUGAGGUUGAGUCAGCGAAGGAUUGGAUAAAGAAAAGGAGUGGUGAGAUGAAAGAACUGAAAGACAAUGUGAAUGAAAAAGAAGAGCAGUUGUUGCUGUUAAGAGAGAAAGUGUGGGAGUUAGAAGCCAAGGUGAGCAAGGAAGGAGGAGAAAAGCUGAACCUGACGAAAACAGUGAGAAAGCUUGAGAAGAAAGUGGGGAAAUUGGAGAAUAAUCUCAAAGAGAAAGACGAAGACUUGAUUUGCCUAGGGGAGAAGAAGAGGGAAGGCUUGAAAGAUACGAAAGCUUUGUCAUACAAAUCAGAAGAUGUCCAACUGCCAUGGAGGAAGGUUGCUCUCAAUCUGUUCAAGUGGAGUUCAUCAGAUUUUGGUAGAGAAGAGUAG